AUGUCGUUCCAACCCAAGCAGCUCACCCAGUAUCAGGCGGAGCAUCUCUCUGAGCUCCAAGGCGAUGUGAGUGAGACGGCUAUUGAAUAUAUCCUAGGCUUGACCCCGCCCUUCACCGAAGGCAACAUCAUCCACGACAAUGCCUGCGGCUCUGGUGCCGUCCUCAGCACCAUCCUGACCAAGGCACACCCCGCAAACCUCCAUAUUGAAGCGACCGACGUCAACCCCCAGUUCGUUGAGGGUUGUGCUGAGUUGGCCAAGAAAAACAACUGGCCGGUUACGGCCACGGUCCAAUCCGCUCAAGAGAUUACCUUUCCUGACAAUCACUUCGACUAUUCCUUCACCAAUUUCGCUUUUCACUGCCUCGGCGACCAUGAUGCUGCUGCCCGUCAGGUGUACCGCACUCUCAAGCCCGGCGGCGUCGCCGUUGCGUCGAUCUGGGUGUACAUGCCUCAUGUUGAUGCUUUACAGCAUGCACACUGGCGAACCCGUGGCAAGGAAGGCGCCAUGCCUGUCCUGCUCCCGUUGGAAAGCUUCGUCCAGGAGGAUCUCAAGAAGGCCCUUGUAGCCGGUGGAUUCAAGGGAGAGGACAUCGAGUUCUCUGAGGUGACCUGCUACCUGAAAAUCAGCGACCUAAAGAGAUUUGCCCAACUGUCUUGGAGCUACCUUGGCCCGCUGCCCACUGGGUGGUCCCAGAACGACGAGGAGAAGUGGGACAAGGCCACUGCGGACAUCAUCGAGCAGCUACAGAGUGGUGACGGCAUCACGAAGAAUGAGAAGGGGGAGACCGUGCUCAAGAUGGUGGCUUGUAUCGGUCUUGCCAAAAAAUGA